AGACUUCCAAUCAGUCCUCUCACGUCUUUUCCCGGCGUCCCAGGUCUCUGGCGCCAGCGCUACAGGAUAUGCUAACACCUACCCUAUCCGCAUUUGUCGCAUGAGCGAACUUUAUGAUCUGGUUACUCAACUUAAGCCUGUCCGCGAGAAGCCGCAUCAUAUUCGUAGUCUUUUUUUAUUAUUCACCUGGCAUCCAAACAGCCUUACCGUGCGCAAUAGUCUUGUUGCUGUUUCUUUACCUGAUUGCUUGUCUGCUGGGUCUUCUACGGAGGCCAACUCUCAGACUAGUCUCUGUGAUUUUCAGCUACAUCAACUCACCAAAUUAGCCUGGUCUAGACUCGACGUUGCUGUGCCACUCAUCUCGCAACUGAUCAGCAGAAUCAGACUCACUCAUCAAGAUUACAUAGACCUGCUUUCCCAACAUCUAUUUCUUCUUUAG